ACAUCCCUUGGAGAAAAAAAAAGAAAAACAACAACAACAAAAAUGGAUUCUUGUAUGACAGUAGAACGAGAAAUAGACAAAGUUUUAACUAAGUUUGGGGGCCUCCAUGAUCACUCCGUUGACACGAUAGAAGAUUUCAUAACUUCUCUUGAAAAUAUUCGUAAAGAGCUAGCCGAGGGCCCAGCUGAUGGAGAAGUACAGGUGACACAGUCAUUGGUGAUGAAUCAAGCCUUACAUAGAGUACAGGAAGCCACAAGUAGGAUGGGUCAAGAACACAAAGAUCUUCACAGUACUGUUUCUAAAGUUGGCAAAACUAUUGACAGGAAUUUUGUAUCAGAGUUUAGUGCAGUAUUUACAGAAGGUUCAUUUGAAAAUGAUGAAACUCAGAUGCUUCUCAAUGAAAUCAUUUGUGAGCAUUUCCUAAGGCAGGGAAAGCUGGACAUAGCAGAAGCUCUAAAUGAGGAGGCAGAUCUCAAUCUAGACCCUGUUCAAAUGGAGCCAUUUCUAGAACUACACAGAAUUUUAGGGGCUUUGAAACGCAGAAAUCUUCAACCUGCUCUCAGUUGGACAGCUGCUAACAGGGACAGCUUACAGAACCAGGGAAGUAAUCUUGAGUUUAAGUUACACAGAUUACAGUUUAUUGAACUAGUUUCUCAGACAACACAGAAUCAAACACAGGUGUUACAGUAUGCCAAAAACUUUGCAAAAUUUGCUGACAAACAUGCAAGAGAGGUACAGGUGUUAAUGGGAAGUCUUUUAUACAUGAAGCAGGGAAUUCACACAUCACCUUACGCAUUUUUGUUAGACCCUAUAUAUUGGGAGGAGAUAUGUGACGUAUUUACUCGAGACGCCUGUGCCCUCAUGGGAAUGUCAGUAGAAAGUCCUCUCAGUGUCAGUAUCCGUGCAGGAUGUAGAGCUUUACCACCAUUAUUGAAUAUACGUCAGGUAAUGCAGCAACGGCAGGUGUCAGGAGUAUGGACCAGUAAAGAUGAAUUACCGGUUGAGAUAGAUCUUGGCAACGAGCAUCGUUAUCACUCUAUAUUUGCGUGCCCAAUUCUCCGCCAACAAAGUACCGAACAUAACCCACCUGUACGACUGAUCUGUGGUCAUGUGAUCUCACGGGAUGCGUUACACAAACUUGCCUCAGGAAACAAGUACGUGUCACAGUUUGGAGUUAAAACACUGGUGAAAUGUCCUUACUGCCCCGUUGAACAGAAUCCAGAUGAUGCCAAAGUUGUUAUGUUCUGAGUCAACAAUCAUCCAGAAUCACUUUGAUGUUGUUUGUACAGGCCCUUAUAUUGUGAUAUAGGCAAUCUUUUUGCAUGUUUUCUCUUAACUUAAACUUUGUUUAUUUGCAUUGAAUGCAUAUAAUUCAUAUAGUUUUUUUGUCUGCUUUUAUUUGAAAAAUGGCAUCAAAGUUUAAAGAGAAAUAAUGGAUAGUGGAAAGAGACAGCUGAUAGUCUUUAUGUACAUCAGAGUACAUUAUUAAUAAUAAGUGAAAAAUCAUGUAUCAUAUCAAAACUUCACUGUUAGAAAUGGAAAAUUGAUGUUAGAGAUAUAAUAAAAAUGAUUACAAAAUGAGGAGAAAUGGAUAUAUCAUAGAAAAAAAAGAGCACAACAGAAGAAUAAAGAGUACAUAAUAAGAAAAUAUAGUACAUGAUAAGAAAAAAAAGCAUACAUUUUUUUACAAUAAAAGAAAAUAGAGCACAUCAAAAAAAGAAAGAGUACAUUUUUAGUUUUUUACAAUAUGUAUAUGAUAGUGUUCAUCCGUGCUGUUCUAUGGAAAAAUACUAACAUACUUAGUGUCAAGCUUUAUUUGGCUUCAUUAAUAUUCACUUUAUUACGGCAGGACUAUUUAAAUGAACACGGUUCUAUGAAGCACUAGAAAUAUAGAAGGCAACUUUGAACGAAAUUUGAUAUAGUAUCGACUUUUGUUCUUCUACGAAAAUUAACAUAGCAACACAUAAUUUUUAAGAAAUACAGCAUUUUCAUUUGAUGACAAAUAAAGCUGGACAAUUUAAAUUUCUAAGAUAAACUAAUUAUAAUUAGCAACAUACUUCUUGUUUGUGUACUUCUCUAUGUAAGCAAACAAAACUUGUUUUAGGAAUAAAUAUCAGUGAUGUAAUAAAGAAUGAAUGCAAAUGUGUAGUAAAAUGACAAAGUUUUUUAUGUGAGAGAAAAUAUUGUUUUUAUCUUGGUCUAUGUUAUGUAAUUUGCUGGUCAAAUUGUGCUUUUUCUCUCUCUAAUAAGUUUUUUUUAUUGUUGCAUUGCGAGAAAUCGUCAUUUGAAUGACGUUCAAAGAGCAUCAUGGGAUAUCCAUAUAGAAAUGUCAUUGAAUGUGCAUUGUGUUUAUGAGUAUGAGAAUGGUAUUCAAAAACAUUUAAUGUUCACAAUAGAAUGUCAUUACAUGAAUAACAUUUAUAAAUCAGGAUACAAUAAUUAAAGUUCUGAAUUUUUAAUAAGUAAUGCAAUUGGUUUUGUUCUCAUGCUAUCCCUUUCAGACAAUAUUUGUAUAUAAUGUACCACAUUUUCCUUGAUUAUCUAUAAAACAUUUAAUGUGAUGACUUUUUACUUUCACACUGCUGGAAAUUUUGAACUUUAUUAAUAAUAAAUGUCAAGAAUUUCAAAUAUUCUAAAAAUAUUGUAAGAAGCAAUCAACAGAUGAUUAUUAUUCAGACUGCACGGAUGUGCAUGCUUGCCAGGAAUUGUAGCUUUUAGCAAAGUAACAUCUUACAUUUGUAGUGUGGGGCAAGUAAGUGGUCUGAGUAACAGUUCAGUGAUGGUGGGUCAGUUGUCCACAUUUCAUUAAGUACUGGUUUGACCAGAAAAAGAACAUCAUGUUAACAUGGUAUUGUCAUAUGACCAUACAAAUAUUAUCCAGUCUUUUAUGUGUUCUAUCAUUUAUAAAGUCAGUCUUUUUCAUGUAUUUCCAAUUCAAACAUUACAAAAAAAUGCACUGAAAUGAUUGAUAAAACAUUUGCUAGUACUUUUAAAUUAAUCAUGAUGAUACAUUCAAGAUAAAAGUAAAACUACAUACUUUAAUUUGAAGAAUAAAAUAUCUACUAAAUGAAAUAGAGUUAUGAAAUGAUAAUAAAGGUUUAUAAUAAAAAGAUUAUUUAACAGUGAUUUCAUAAAACGCAAUAUAAUUAGGCUUGAUUCUAGUUAA